ACGUAACAUUGGCUUGCCGCAACACUCUACUAAGCGCUAAACUCAGCUGCUGGUUGUUGAGUACAAAUGGUUGCACUACUCACUUUGUUCACAAACCCAAUCCUUUCUUCUCCAUCUUCUUGUUUUUCUUCUUCUUCUAUUACUCUUCUUCUAAACCCUCCAAUCCCUCUCACAACUGUGCACUUUUCACUCUCUUCAGUUUCAGCUUUCCAUCCCCACGAAUGGUUCUCUAUCUCAAAGUUCAGUAAAGCCUCAAGAAACGAGCUCAAACCGCUAUUUCCCCAACUGGGUCUUCGACCCACUAAACAUAUCUCAAUCCAAUGCAGUUGCAUCAACUCCCUCGCCAAUCUUCACACUGAUAUAGGGAUUCUCUUUCCAUUCUUCAGAGAACUUGGACUUGAAGAUAAAGAAACUGAAUUAGUCUUGGACAAAAACCCAACUCUUGCAUUGACAUCUUUGGAUUCAAUACGUGCUCGGGUUCGUUCUUUGCUAUCACUUAGAAUCGAUAGCCUUACACUUAGUUACUUGAUUAUUAAAUGUCCUAGUGUGUUAACAGCUGAGGAAAUUGAUCCAUUUAUAUGUUUUGUGCAUGAUGAAUUGGAAAAUAAGAUUGAGCCUAUGCAGCUAAAGCACCUUUUGACUACCGCGGAUCCUAGAUUCUUGGUGGGUUUUGAUAAAAAGGUUAAAUUGCUUCUUGAUCGUGGAGUUCCAAGUGAAAAGAUUGGUUAUGUGCUCAACCAUGUCAAGUUAGCUAAAGCAGUGUGUCUUAGGCCAAUUGAAGAGAUCGAUAGGACCAUUACUUUUUUUAGCCCAUAUGGUGGUGUUGAUUUGAUUGUAAGGCGUCCAGAAAUUCUUAAUUAUAAUUUGGAAAGUCAGUUGAUACCUAGAAUCGGGUUCCUUUUAGAUCUUAGUGGGGGAGAUAAGGAUGCCACAGGGAAUGUGGUGCGUAGGCUCCCAAUGAUUUUAAGUUACACUGUGGAGCAUUUGGAGGGCCAUGUAGAGUUCUUGAGGUCGUUUGCUGGCCUAAAUAAUCAGGAAAUUUUCAAGAUUUUUCUUGUGUUCCCAAGUGUGGUUAGUGCUAGCAAAGAGCGGAAAUUGCGUCCCAGGAUAGAGUUUCUCAAGCAAUGUGGGUUGGAUUCCAAUGAUAUUUUCAAGUUCUUGAUCAAAGCUCCCUUGUUUCUAGGCCUUUCAUUUGAUAACCUCAAUUAUAAACUAGUGUUUUUGGUUAAGAUUGGGUAUAAAUAUAGGACAAGGGACAUGGCAAUGGCAAUGGGAUCUGUGACCAGAACAAGCUGUGAGAAUUUGCGAAAGGUAAUUUGGCUAUUCUUGAGUUAUGGGUUGUCUUACAGUGACAUUGUUUACAUGAGCACAAAGCACCCACAGAUACUGCAAUACAAUCAUAAUUCUUUGGAGGAGAAGAUGGAGUACUUGAUAGAGGACAUGGGUCGUGAAGUUGGAGAAUUGUUGGCUUUUCCGGCAUUCCUUGGUUACAAGCUUGAUGAGAGAAUUAAGGUUAGGUAUGAGGCAAAGAAGAAGAUUACUGGAGAAGGAAUGUCAAUCAAUAAGCUGUUAACUGUUUCGACUAAGAGAUUCUCGACAAAGAAGAAAGAGAAAAAAUUACUACAUGCGGUCAAGAAUCUAACUUGCGAUGAAGGUUAGAUAAGUUGGAUAGUAAUAUGUUCCUUUCCUUAAUUGAGGCACUUAUGACGGCUUUAUUGAAUAACUUCUUGAAACUCUCUCGUCAGCUACUUCUGAUGUAUGCGAAUUCCCUUUUUACUAUAUUAGCUGGUGCAGACAAUUGCAACUUGGGGAGUACAGAAAAUUGAGAUGAUUCUUCAAACAAUGGAAGACUUGAAACGUAUGAAGCUUGAGCAGUAGGAAAUCUGCUCUGGGAUAAGCUUUAUUAUGCUCACAUCAAUAUUUGAAACUGACUGUAUAUUUAUCUUUGCUAUGUUAAGAAAGAAGCUGGUUUCUUCUUUCUUCUGUCUCUCAAUUAUUUGUUUCCUUUCUUUCUAGCAACUGUUAGUGGGAGGGAUAAAAAAUUCUUUGAAAAUAUGUCUUAUUUUCAUCCACUAACCUGAAUUAUUACAAUGGAAUUGACUUGUGGAAUAGACCAUAAUGCUCUUAUUUCUGAAAGUUUGGCUCUUUUGAAUUGUUUUCCCCCACAACAGGACCAUCAACCUGACUGUCAGCAAAUGUUCAUUGUUAAGAGCCCACUCAUGUGCACCUUUAUUGAAUAGAUGCAUUUAUGAUGUUUCUCUAACAUCCAGUGCUGUCAUGGAAGUUGGAUGCCUUGUAUUAGUUGUAUGUAAACCAAUGGACUGGUUGGUUUAAAUUGUUAAUGAUAUGAGCUUGCAUCUUAUGAUAUCUAGUAUUAA